UAACGUCUGCGUCUCUCUGUUUUCUCUUCUCUGCUCCACAUGAAAUAGAAUGCUGCUUUCUCUUCAUCAUCUUCAUCCCUCACCCUGUCCUAAAACCCUACCAAACCCCUCUUAUUCUCUCAUUCCAAUCCCCAAAUCCCUAGUCGUCCAAAACCCUAGAUACACUUUCGGUUCAUUUGUCCGCUGCUCUGCUUCCGACUCCCAAACCCUCCCUCACUCUGCCAUCCAGCGAAUCGCUGAUAAGCUUCGCUCUCUUGGCUUCACUGAACAUAACCCUAAACCGAAAAUCAUUAACCCCGAGCUCGAAACUGAUACCAAACCCGUUGGAGAAAUCUUUAUUCCCCUUCCCAAUCAGUUACCUAAGUACCGGGUCGGCCACACGCUUGACCCGAGUUGGAGCACGCCGGAGAACCCUGUGCCGAGACCCGGAUCGGGAAAUGCGAUAGUCAGGUACCAUGAGCUGAGAGAGAAGGUGAAGAAAGAGAGAGAAGCGAGGAAGAGAGAGCCUAAGCCUCCGACAUUAGCGGAACUGAAUUUGCCGGAGGAGGAGCUAAGGAGGCUGAAGAGAAUUGGGAUUGCGGAAAAGAGGAAGUUGAAGGUAGGAAAAGCGGGGAUUACUGAAGGGAUUGUUAAUGGGAUUCACGAGAGGUGGAGGAGGGCAGAAGUGGUUAAGAUUUUUUGUGAGGAUUUGUGCCGGAUGAACAUGAAGAGGACUCAUGAUUUAUUGGAGAGAAAAACUGGAGGUCUGGUUGUUUGGCGAUCUGGGAGUAAAAUAGUAUUGUAUAGGGGCGUCAAUUAUAAGUAUCCCUACUUCUUAUCAGAUAAUAUUACAACAAAUGAAACUUCUAUCGAUGCUGUACAUGGUACACAUGUGGAUCAUGAGGGUGAUAAAAUGGGGAGCUUCUCAUCUGCAGAUGGCAUAAACAUAAAGUCUUCUGGACCAAUCCCAACCAAUAACAUUGUUCGACCAGCCUUAGUACAAGGUGUUGGUUCCCCAAAUAGAGUAAGAUUUCAAUUGCCAGGUGAGGCACAACUUGCAGAAGAAUCUGACCGCCUGCUAGAUGGACUAGGCCCGCGAUUUACCGACUGGUGGGGAUGUGAUCCACUCCCAGUUGAUGCUGAUCUUCUUCCUGCUGUUGUUCCUCGAUAUCGGAAACCGUUCCGCCUUCUUCCAUAUGGUGUCUGGCCCAAACUGACAAAUGAUGAAAUGACUACAUUAAAGAGGCUGGGACGACCCUUACCUUGCCAUUUUGCGUUAGGUAGAAAUAGGAAACUCCAAGGAUUGGCUUCUUCGAUUGUCAAGCUUUGGGAAAAAUGUGAGAUUGCUAAAAUUGCAGUUAAGAGAGGAGUGCAGAACACUAACAGUGAGAUGAUGGCUGAAGAGUUAAAGUGGCUGACCGGAGGAACUCUGCUUUCACGGGACAGAGAAUUUAUUGUGUUGUAUAGGGGAAAGGAUUUCCUUCCAUCUGCAGUUUCUUCUACAAUAAAAGAGCGAAGAAAACAUGGGAUUCAUGGGUAUAAACAGAGAAGAGAUCAUAGCAUAGCAGGUGAAAAUGCAGAGGCUGAGGACAUUAAAGAUGGGACUAUAAAUUCUGGCUCUAGAGGUGAAUUUCAUAGUGCAAAUGGCCAAAGUUCGGAUCUCUCUAAAGAGAGGAAGCUAAGGUCCAAUGAGGCAGCUAUUAAAAGGACUAGCAUCAGAUUGUCUAUGGCACUAGAAAAGAAAGCCAAAGCAGAGAAACUUCUAGUGGAGCUGGGGAAUUCAAAGAUGCCUCAACAACAAGAAAUAGACAAAGAGGGUAUAACUGAAGAAGAAAGAUAUAUGCUAAGGAAGGUUGGCUUGAAAAUGAAGCCUUUCCUAUUAUUGGGUAGACGGGGAGUUUUUGAUGGAACAGUUGAAAACAUGCAUCUUCAUUGGAAGUAUAGGGAACUUGUGAAGAUAAUAUGUAAAGAAAAAAGUUUUGAAGCUGUUCAUGAAGUGGCACAGAUCUUAGAGGCUGAAAGUGGUGGAAUAUUGGUUGCAGUUGAACGAGUCAGCAAGGGUUAUGCUAUCGUUGUAUAUCGCGGAAAGAAUUACCGGCGACCUCCUCGUUUGAGGCCUACAACUCUCCUUAAUAAGAGAGAAGCAAUGAAGUGCUCUUUAGAGGCACAGCGUUGCGAGUCCUUGAAACUUCAUGUUUUGAAGCUUACCAGAAACAUAAAUGACUUGAAACUUAAGUUGGCUAAAGACAAGGAGGCACACAAAAUGCAGUCAUUUGAUGAAGUGAGAUUUCAGGAGGGUAAAGAAGAUAUGCACAGGAUGGAGUCAGCUAUGUAUGUGAACUCAGAUUCAGUCGUUCCUUCUCACUUUAAAGAGAAUUUAGAGACUGCAGAUAAACUUGAAGCUAAUGCUAGUGAGAUUAGUAAAAACGAACCUCAGCCUUCAUCUGAAUCUGUGAGCGAGGACACCCAUGAGAGUCUAUUAGCUACUAUAAAUGAUGGAGCUAUUAACUCAACUUCUUCCUCUAAUAAUAUUUUGUCAGAGGAAAGGGGCUUUUUUCCCCUUGUCAAUGCUGAGCAUUAUGUGCCUGAAAAUGAGGUAAUGGGAUCAACAGAAGAAUCAACUACAAGUGAAUUGGAAGAAUCAGUUUCAAUUUCUAUGGAGAAGGGGGGGGACAUGCCUUCCAAGGGUGUUCGUCUUUCUAAUAGAGAUAGGCUUAUGCUACGAAAGCAAGCACUCAAAAUGAAGAAGCGCCCAGUGCUUGCAGUAGGGAGGAGCAACAUUGUCACUGGUGUUGCAAAAGCAAUAAAAACUCACUUUAAAAAGUAUCCUCUUGCUAUAGUUAAUGUUAAAGGCAGAGCCAAAGGGACUUCAGUCCAAGAAGUGGUUUUUCAGCUGGAGCAAGCAACAGGUGGAGUUUUAGUCUCCCAGGAGCCUAGCAAAGUCAUACUCUACCGGGGAUGGGGAGCAUUUGAUGAACCAGGUCACAAGGGUUUUAAGAACGCCCGAAAUGUGGGGAUUACAUCAGUGGGUAGAGAAGGCCGGUCUCAGCGUACUGUGCCUCCGGAACUAGUGGCGGCAAUCAGACUUGAAUGUGGACUGCAGUGUGACCAAGAACAAAACAAACUCCCAGCUGAAAUUUGAGGUUGUGGCAAAGGUCUAUGAUAUUGAUAAUAUCCAGCCAUGUGGAUGAAUCACAUGUACAACUGGUUGAAGAUUCUGGCACGCGUUGUCGUGUUCAUGGAUGACCCAUAGGUUCAGUUAAUCGGUGCGCCAGUCAAGAUAGAGCAUGGUCUUAUAGAAGUAAGCAAGUGCGGUUUCCCUUUGCUUCUUCCUCGUCUCAAUUAAAAAAUGGCUUGUGCAUGCAGAAAUAGAUGCCCAAUCAAAAAGCAUCUUAGUGUGUUCAAUGUGAAAAGCUAAAUUUUGUGUAUGCUCCUACAGCCAAUAUGUGGUGUAUAUGGCAGCAGCUACUUUUAAAAUCAAGCAUUCCCUUGUACUAAAUAUGCAGAAAUAUCUCAUCUGACAACCAUGUGAAAUACCAUUGUGAUCAGACAACCAUUUGGAUUGAAAAUAGCUAACCUUUCUGACAAAAAUAUGUAAAAGCUGAGCUGAAUGGAAUUUUGCAUUCAGAAUC